AUGAAGAUUGCUACCUGCACUAGCACUCCAACCUGUACCAAGUUGCAUCUUCAUCCAGGAAAAGUAAAAUCUGAACCUGGAUUUCCCUGCUGUUAUCUGGACCUGGAGAUACGAAAUCUUAACUUGGAUCCUACAGAGAUUUUACUCAUGGAGCUAGUUCUUCUUGACAGGGCAGAGAAGAUUUUGUUCCCUGAGUAUCUUCCCUCGUUAGUUAACUAUGUCACUGCCAAGGUUGGAAGAAACUCAGGUGCUCCUGGCCGCCUUGUUAGCCUACUUCUACUCAUCUCUUCUUUAUCCAAGGUCACCGAAGAAGAUAUUACGAAAGCAUAUUUUCAUGGAAAUUCAUUUCUUGUUCAUGCAUACCUUCAUAGAUAUAUACAGUAGGUGCCUAUUUCAUAGAUACCCUCCUUAGAUUUAUAC